UUUAAUUUUUGCAUUUUUCUACACGAAGUGAGGGUCCGCAACCUACUCACCUUUCUUUUAAAAAAUUUUAAAGGUAAGCGUACGGUAGUGCCGCAUUUUGAAACCGCUGCGCUUAUCGGCUUCAGCUAUCGUUGGGUACACGGGCUGUUUUAUGUGCCACUGUGAACGGCUCCGGUUGCUUGAAGUGACAAAUGCAUCGAUGAAACGUGUUUGAAAUCGCAUUUGGAACCGUGCACUGCGUUCCGGCUUUUUGCUGUGUUGUUCAUUAGUUGCGAACGGCGAGUGACGGUCGUUCUGUUUUCGAACGCUACCACGGCUACGAUCUCAACGCCGCCGGUCCAAGUCGCCGCCCGAGUCGUGCUGGUGUCGAGGCUAUGCCAGCGGUCUGCAAAGUCGGGCUGUCGACGUGAACUAGGAAGUUCAGAACAAAACCUGUAAUUUUUUGGCAUCCUACUUGGCUAGGAUUUGGACUCAUCUACAAAUUCCAAACAUCUGACUUAUCCCAUGACCUCUGACCUUGGAGACGGACAGGAUAUUUGUUCCGACCUGCAACAGACAAAUUCCGGCAGUGCCGCAUCGGAUCGCAUGUAUUUGGACAAGUACAUUGACACGAAACCAGCAACCACCACGCAAAGCCUGAACCCUAACGCCGACAUAUUCUACAGCAAGAAUGCGCUGGCCAAGUCCGAAGAUGACGACGGUGAGUUUUUUUGUGGAGUGUGCUGUGAUGGGUCAGAGGUAGCAUCGGAGGGGGGCACGGCCAUGGCGCCCCCGCCGCCCCACGGCCUGGGGCCCCCCCAUUUCAACCCUGAUGAGCUGCCUCUGGCGGACCUGCGUCGCAUGCUCAUGCAGCAGCUCGAGUACUACUUCUCCAGGGAAAAUCUUGCCAAUGACACAUACCUGCUAUCUCAAAUGGACAGUGACCAGUAUGUGCCCAUUGGUACUGUGGCCAACUUCAAUCAGAUCAAAAAGCUAACCAAGGAUCUUAGUCUCAUUGUCGACGUCCUACGAGAAUCCCCCAACGUGCAGGUAGAUGAGGCUGGUGAAAAGGUUCGCCCCAACCACAAACGCUGUGUCCUGAUACUUAGGGAAAUACCAGAGAGCACUCCUGUAAAAGACAUCGAGGCACUCUUCAAGGCCAGUGACAAGUGCCCACAGUUCUUGAGCUGCGAGUUUGCCCACAAUAGCAGCUGGUAUGUGACAUUUGAGUCUGACGAAGAUGCACAACAGGCCUACAGGUACCUGCGCGAAGAAGUGCGCUCCUUCCAAGGGAAGCCCAUUAUGGCCCGCAUCAAAGCCAAGCCCAUCUCGCGAGCCUCAUUUCUGCCACCGUACAAGAAUGGUUUACGGCACCAGCCUCCCCACCUGAUGGCCGGUGGGGAGGGUCUUGGCAGUGCCCCUGCCACAGCAGCUACUCCUGCCGCUGCCAGUGGGCCUGCCCCAGGGGGGGUCUCGACGCAACCGCUGAGCACCAGCCAACCAGCAGCCGCCACCACCCCCGUGGCACCUCAGCAGACCACACAGGCAUCCACAUUUUAUCAGGGGCCACUACAGGUGAAUUAUGGUCCAGCCAAUGCAGGCAGCAACAGUGCAGGGCCAGGCACCGCUCAGCUGUACCCGCCCUUCUACCCUCCCGCUAUGCUGCAGACCUGGACACCAGCCACUCCCACAUGUUUUGACCUGGGAACGGUGUUCUCGAUGAACGGCCUGGCACCCCAGGCUACCUACAAGCCCCUGAAUGGGACAGGUGGCACGGGUCGGCACGGCUUCCCUGUCCUGUGGCCGGGCAGUGGUGGCCGUUCGUCCAAGUCUUACCUGCGGACAGGUGGUGCCUCCUAUGAUGGCGAUUCGCGGGGCUUCUAUGAGCGGCACGGCGGCAGCCUCCUAGGCCCCGGUUACCCGUCAACCUACCUUGCUGGCCCACCCGCCUUUCCACUUUCCCGGGGUGGUGGUGGAGGACCCCCACCUGCAUACAUUCAGGAGUACCUGCCUACGACUGGUGGCGGCAAACGGGACUCUGGCAACUCUCUCUACUCCCUGUACUCCAGGGGAAGUCCCAAGGGGGACACGGGCAAGGACUCCGGUGGCGGCAGUGGCUCUUCACAAAAGUACCAAGACAGCCGGAUGCGACGGAGGAAAAAGGAAGAAAAUGGUUCCAACAAAACAGACGGUAGUAAUGCAGACACCAGCAAAUCAAGGGAAGAAGCUGAAGCCCCUAAGUUUGAUCUGGAGGAAGCUGCCUUUCCGCCUUUGCCUGGCUUCCUGGAGGAGGAAUCGUUGGGCCAGGGAGCCGUGUCAGAUGACAGCUCCUCGGCUCUAACGACGCCCGCUGCAGCUACAGCCAACAGCAGGCUCUCAGACAUAGUUCGUGGUGCUGCGCCUAGCCGCACACUAAGUAACAGCGCCAUCAGUCCCUGCUUACCGGCUGCCACACCUGUUCCCUCAUUGGCCACAAAUGCAGCAUCCUCAACCAAACCUCCAACACGUGACUGUAAAACACAAACGGCAGAGUCUGCCCUGAGUCCUGCAGUGGCCGCCGGCACUGCCAACUCUGUGUCAACCCUUGUCACCAAGGACAGUGCCACCCUGACCAAUGGCAGCGACUUCCCAGCGACUAUGCUGACUCCACCUGCUUCUCCUGUGUCUCCAAACACUGCCACGCGUGAAGGUGCUUCUCAGGAAGGGGAGGCCCCCGCAAGGGUUCAAAGCCCAGCACCCGCUGAAGAGGCAGUUGUUGCUACUGCUGCCACUCUUGCUGUGAACUCAACUCCAGCGGCUUCAGCUACGACACCACCCACGCCAGCAGUAACGGCACCAGCAGUGGCAGCAGCGGCACAGCCUGUGUCUAACGCGGUACCACAGAAGACAGCAGCAGCAGCUGCUGAAGAAGGAGGUCGCAAGCUGACCUAUUCGGAGGUGGCAGCCAUGGCCAAAAGCCGAGCAGCCACGCAAGCCACACCUGAGCAGCCCAAGGAGGGCACAAAGCCGGGCCUCCGAAACUCGGGUCAUGGUCAACGGCCAGAGCAGGCAGCUGUGGGUCAACCACAGAGGGGUCCUGGCCGAAGGAUGGAGCCACGUGCACACUCGCGAGACCGCCGAUCUGCAGCCGCUGGCUCCCACAGGCACCGCAGCCCACCCAGUGAAGAUGCCCACUAAGGGCCUACCCUGUGCAACACUUGAUGUGGCCAACACAGCCACAACAAUGCUUGUCCCAGCCAUCAGAGGUGCCGAGGACAUCUUUUGCCAAAACGGCCCCAGCAGGAGGUGGUGACCCCACAGGGGUCAUGUGCUUGUGCUAGUGACGACAGUAUUUGUUGGUUUAUCGACUCUUUGUCUCUCCAUUCACAUCGCGUGCACACACCCGGCCACCUCCUGCCUAUAACCUCCUGGUUGGCCCGGAUGCCAGAACAUUGCUCCUCGCUGCGAGACCUUCUGUUUCCGCAGGGGAGGAACACUUUUGUUCCUGUUGCAAAAUGUUGCUGAUGGUGUGCUUGGAAGCCAUGGGUAGCAGCAACACCAGGUUUUCCCAAGAGUAAGGCACAAAUGGCCUUGCUUGCUGCUGGCCAAUAUGCAAGGGUGGCAGGUGAUAGACCACAACACCUUCCACCCACCUGACACGGGCUCUGCCGCAACCACUACGACAACAACAUACGUGCUACAAGACUUGACGCGUGCCCGGCAGUGGCCAAUCAGCAAAGGACUGUGCUGUCUGAGGCCACGGCUGAUUUCUCAAAGGGGCUGCCCAGGGCAGGGCUGCAGUGAUGACACAGCACUGGCACUUUACGAAAGGCCUGCCCUGCCCUCUCAGGGCAUUUUUUUUUCUUUAUUUUUCUUUUUGUGAUCACAGAAGAGACCCAAAAUGAUGGCAAGCAGGCCAUUGGUGUUUCCAGCACUGUUCUUGUAGGAGUGUUACUACCAUUCAAAACAAAGGAGUGGAUAGCUUUUUUUUUUAUGUUAUUGUCUGUGUUUGUAUAAUCUCUGAAAGCCAAUUGUUACGAACAACAUCCAGAUGCACCUAGAUGUUCCAAACUGGGGGUGCACGCUGACACAGCUAAGUGGGCUGUGCCGCACCUUUGAGGCAGACUGCCCAUUGAGUGCAUCUCACAUGCUUCCUGUUUGUUUUCCUGGCGGUCUUCCGUCUCUAUGUGAGCUUGUCCCUGGGAGAUUUCUGUUGUCAAAGGUGUGUUUACUGGCAACCUUGGUGCAAGGUACCGCCCCCAUUAUUUUUGGUCUUUUUGUAUAAAACUGUCAGCUCCCCAAGUUCUCUAUAACACAAUGUAGCCACGGCUGGUGUCGCAGUGCAUAUUGUCUCUCGCAUUGGUACCCCUGGUUUCUCGACGCAUGCAUGUUUAGCUUGCACCAUGUCGCCCAACAUAGCAGGUCACUAAAGCACUAAAGCCUGCUAUGCAAAUAAAAAGCAAAAAAAUCACCAGCUAAAGAAAAAGAAAAAAAAAAGCCUGCUAUGUAGGUUUUUGAUUUUGCUAUAGCUUACCGUGACAAGUUUGCACAUACAGAAUUCAGCGUGUAUCGAGACCAGGGUCUGAGUAAGGACUAGUGUUGGGAGAAAGUGUGCAGUGCAAUUCUCAGAACGAUUGGAAUGUGUUUGUCAGCAGUGUGUAUUGGGAAGCUUGCACAUGCACUGUCGGCCAGCCUUUUGAUCAUGUGACAGUGGAUGGGCUGGGCUUUUUCCUAUCUAUUCCUCCCUAUUGCCGUUUUUCUUUUCCUGGCAGGUAUGAAUGUUUUUCUCUAGCCUUAAAUUUGUGAGGACGUCCACAAAAUCAAGUAAAGCAAGUGCACUGCAAAUUUCUAUAAGAAUAAUGUUAUCAUUUUGGUGUGCCGAGUGCAGCAACAGAUGUUGCUGCAAAAUUUCAUCAACGGAUUUUAUUUUUCUUCCCUCUCCCAUGUCUCAAGUGUGUUUAUUGUGCUCAUUUGAUUUCAAUGUUUGGAUGGUCUUGCUUUCUCCUUUUUUUCUUAAUAUGGGAGAUGGUGUUUUUGAAGUUUGAAAGGGCCUAGUCAGGACAGAGUUUGGGAAAGGCAGAAGACAGCCAUUAGGGCCUUUAUCUAAUUCUUUUUUUUUUCUUUGUGUGUGACAUAAAAAGCAAGUGUUUUGGCAAAUGGCCCUAAAGGCAAAAUGUAUUUGUUCGUUUGGACCGGCCUCCAUUGAAGCCUAGACAGGAGGAUGGUAACUGACGAACGAAAUGUUCAGAUUGUUUGUAAAUAGUGGCUUUACUCUUUCCUUCCCCCACCCUUUAAUUUUAAUUAUGCCUUUUUUGACAUUGAAAGAGGGAGGGGGGAUUCAGUGCUGAUAAGGGCAGCAAGCUCGCUAAUGGAGGGAGAGUUGAGCAUAGCUGCACAAGCACAGUGCAGGCGGGUACAGGCAAGGGAGGCCGAGAUUUUUGGGCGCUUAACUACUUCUGUUGUCUGCAGAGGGAUUUGAGGGAGAGAGCUUGGUGGGCAUGUUAUUAUUGGAGGAUAUAUUUUUGCGAAGGACCGCACUGGGCAUACAAGAGACCUUACUCUCUCUCUCGGCGCAUUUUUUGUCAGUCCAAGUGCCUUAAGUUUUUUUUCUCGGAACCUCCCCGGGCCGUCUCCUGCCGUCACGGGAAUUAUAUUCUGCCGUUUCUUCCGUGUCAUUUUUCAGUGCCCAUGCCAUGGAAGACUAGUGUCUCUCGUGCAUACCUCCACCCCCUCUCUGGCUUCCUUUGCCUUAAUUUUUUUUUCUACCCCAGUUUUGUGCCCAAGAUUGUGUGUUUUGCAGCAACAUAUACUCUGCCUUUCCCUCAUUAUUCAAUAUUUUUGGUAACCUGCAAAGUAUGAUUUGGAUUGCUGGGUGUAUAAAUUAAUAAAUGCAAGCACUAGGUCUA